UUCAUUCUCGAGACAGAUGGAUCCUCCCCUUUCAAAAAACCCUAAUUCACUCCUCUCUGAACUCCCGUUCGUCACUCUCUCACUCAUACACAUUCUUCCCUGACACACACACGCUGAAGCCUCUAGUAACAAGUGGGAAUUACAAAGUUUAGAGCUAAAAUUCAAAAAUUGCUAAGCUAAUUUUCAGUUUCAAAUUCUUGUCUUCUCUCACAUUUUCUGGGUAUUUCAGAGCUUGAUGGAGCUGUAGAGCUUGUUUCGAAGCUAAGAGUUUGAUUUAAACUCAAAUCUCUGUUCGAUUCCGCUGAUUUUACUAUUUCGGGAACUGCUGAGCUUCGGUCGAGUUUGCCUCUGCCUUUAGUCGGUUUAUUCGAGUUUUCUUUGUUCAACCAGAUUAUUGUCAUGUACUAUUUCUGUAGCUGAUGCUCUUUGGUGUUGGGACGGCAAGUUCAUUUUGUUUCAAAGGAGUAUAUAUUAACUCUACUAUUAUAGUUGGUAAUAUUUUCAGUAGAAGAAGUUUUAGUACAAUGAAAGAAGUUGGAACUCAUAAUGCCUUGAGUUUGCCUACUUCAGAAUAUGUGGGAGAGGCUCCUGUUCUACGUCCUGUCUCUGUCAGAGCAAAAUGUUCUUCAAAUGUUCAAUCAACCCCAGAAAUCGAAAAGAAGUAUGUCCAUGGUGUUUAUGAUGCCAUUGCUCCCCAUUUCAGUUCCACUCGGUUUGCAAAGUGGCCUAAAGUGUCAGCUUUCUUGAACUCAUUAUCUCCCGGUUCACUCAUCUUAGAUGCUGGAUGUGGAAAUGGGAAAUACUUGGGGUUAAAUCCUAAUUGUUUCUUUAUUGGGUGUGACAUUAGUGCUGCUCUUGUUAAUAUAUGUGCAGAUAGGGGACAUGAAGUUUUGGUUGCAGACGCUGUGAACCUACCAUAUAGGACUGGUUAUGGUGAUGCAGCGAUUUCUAUUGCUGUGUUGCAUCACUUAAGUACUGAAGAUAGGAGGAGGAAAGCGGUGGAGGAACUCGUCCGUGUUGUUAAAAAGGGUGGGUGUAUUUUAAUUACUGUCUGGGCCAGGGAACAAGAAGACACGUCGUUAGUUGAAAAAUGGACACCACUUAACCAAAGGUAUAUAGCAGAGUGGAUAGGACCAGGAAGUCCUCGAGUUCGCAACCCUUCAUCUCCUCGCACCCUUGUAAGCAUCCCAGAAGCAGAGGAAAAUGGUACCGGGGAGCAGUUGAAAGACCUACAUGCAAAGUCUUCAAAAGUAAAAUCAGCUGAAGUUAUGGACUCAACCUCUCAGGAUAAAGGUCGUUCUUUGCUUACUGGAUCUGGAAAAGGUUAUGCAGAGCAACAGGAAUUCUUUGUUCCUUGGCACUUACCUUAUCAUCGAGCUGAAGUAAGUGGGGCUUCAGCUGUUGCCUUAGCUAGUGGUUUGGCAAAGAAAGAUGAUAAGAAGGGUUCUAUGGUGUAUAAUAGAUAUUACCACGUUUUUAGUGAAGGGGAACUUGAAAGGUUGGUGUCUGGUCUGGGUAAUGCCAUUCUCGUUGAUAGAUUCUAUGACAAAUCAAAUUGGUGCAUCAUUCUUGAGAAAACAUCGUGAUAGUGUUGAACUUUUCAAAUGAUUCUUGCGCUUCCAUUUGGCGAAGUCAAAUCUAUUACUUGAAGACAAUAACCCUAGUUGUGAAAGGGUGAUAUUGUCUUGAUGGAAGGAUUGUAUUCUACAGAUUAUGGAGGUUAUCAACAGAAACAUAUGUCUAGUUUUUCAUUCUCCGCUGCUCGCUCAGUUGUUGCUUGUAUCUCUCAUCCUGGAUUCCUGGUGUUAUCACAUGCCUAAUGUGGUUAUGCAUGACAAUAUCUUGUAAAAUGCAAUUCUUUUUUAAAGAUUUUGUGUGACGGGCCUGAGAAUGAUGACAAUAUCAAUUUUGCAUUCUGCUUUUAUUUAUCUUCCCAUAAGCAAAUGAGAAGUCGUGGAGUGUUA